GGUUACACGUACAUACCUAGCUACUUGAUCCAUCUCGUACUGUACGUGCGUAGCUAGCUCUGCGAUGGCCGCCGGCAAGCUGGAUCCUCCAGCCGGCUACGCCUUCGACCCAGCCGAGCACGAGCUGAUCACCAAGUUCCUCCGCCCACGGGUCGCCGCCGGACCGGACGCCUUCUUCGCCAGCCGCCUCAUCCAUGAGUUCGACGCCUACUCCGCUGCCCCCGGCGACCUCGUCGAGAUGUAUCAACACGCGCAAGGAACGGACAAGGGCGACGGGAAAGGGGGCGUCUGGUACUUCUUCACCCCUGCCCGUCGUCACCAGACCAACAAAGGCGGCCGCGGUGGCGGGAGGCGGCAGCGCGCCGUGGCCGACGCGGGCGAGGGUUACUACUGGCACUCGGAGAAGGGGGGGAUCCCCGUGCUAGACAACCAAGGUAAACUCGUAGGCCAUAGACGAAACCUCAGCUACAUCAAGAAGUUGUCGGGAGAGAAAGAGAGGAUCAGGAUCGGCUGGUGCAUGAACGAGUACAGCGAUGACAAGCAAGACGGCUUGGUGCUCUGCAAGGUCUGCGUGUCUCGUCACAGGAGCGAGACCACAUACGACGAGGUAAUCAAUGCUCCCGGUUCCAGGAAAAGGAAGGCCGCCGACGUCCAGCACCCGGAUGCUCCACGUCCCCAAACCCCACGCCGCCAGGAACCACCGAUCAUCCAACAACCCGGGAUGCUUCACGAGUAUGGGCGCUGGUUCAUGUCCGACGAAGGCGAGACGUUGUUGCCGCCCGGAACCGGAGUAGUGGACGACGGCAGCGUGGAUCCAGGCGGGUUCUUCACCGCCGACAUGCUUCAAGAUUUUCCCGAGCUCCAUGACGCUGUGGUGGCGCAGGGGUUCUUGCCUGGCAAACUCGACGGCGAAGUCCAAGAAGGCACUGGCGCUGCAGAGGAUGAAGACGACGCCUUCCGGUGCACGUUAGAUGAGCUGCUCGACUUCUGCGACGACACGACUGUACUAGUCUAGGAGAGUGGAUCCUUUCACCACGUGAGGGCCGAGUGCGUGAUGAAGAACUCCGAAACCUGCAUCCAGUAGAUGAUCCAAGAGAUGAUGAUGUACUAGUCUUGCUUAGCUUUGAUGUAUGUCAUUGUCAUGGCACACAAACACAUGGUGUCUUGCUAAUUGUAUUGUGAUGAUGAACAAGCAAUUAAUCCGUGUGCGGCAACCUAAUUGAUUAAUUUCUCCAUUUU